AUGGCGAGCGUUACUUUAGUCGCUGGACUGGUGUCCUCUAUGUUUGGCUUAUUUUGUGUGGUCUUCGGCCUAGGCAGUUCCCAGUGGUUCAGAGUUCGGGCUCCGUAUUUUCAGAAUGAUAUUGGACUAAUGAGACACUGCGAUGUUGUCACGUCGUAUUGUGGGGACAUGGAACAUCUCAGCUCCAUAGUGGAGGCCGAUUACUCGGCCUGGUUCAGAUCUGUACAGACGAUGUACCUGCUGCACUGUGUGGGGAUGCUGGUGUCCUUGGUUACGUACAUCCUUUACCUGGUCCGUUUCCUCGACUACAAGGGAAGCUUCCGAUUUCUGACAUUGCUCAACUUUCUUACAUUGGCGGCAGGUAUUUAUGCAGUAACCUUCUUUGACCUAAACGCCAAGAAGUUUUUUGGCGUCACAAGCCCCAUACUGCCAGCGGACUGUUCUACUCUAGGCUACGCAUUUUACAUGGCCAUUGUCGGUUGCUGCUUCUCGUUCCUGGUCUUGUUUGUUAGCGCUGCUGAGGCUGUGCAGGCUGUGGAACUCCUGCGAAACAUGCAGAAUCGUCUGACCAUCUGGACAACACCCUACACCCUGUUUGUGGACCAGGAAGUCUAA